ACUGCUCCGAUAGGAACAUUGCAACAGCAACCUUUCGGUAUGAAAAGGGAGAGUUUUCCAAGACAUACACGGUGGAAAAGCUGAGUAUAAUAUGUUCUUUCAGAAAAAGCUGUCUUCCUCUUCAAAGGAAGUUCCUGGGCGUUUAUGUUCACUGUUUGGGAAAUGGCACAAUUAGCUCUCCCUGUGAUUUUGCCUUUGCUCACAUGCUGUGCCUCUGGAAUGUCCAAAGAAUCAAUGUUCGAAGGCAAUGGGCACUAGAAGAGACUUCCGUUGUUUAUCGUGGUGCUGCUGAAGUCUUCUGGGGUUGACAGAUGCUGCUCCAGAAGGUUAAUAAGAUGAAGAAAGCUCUUCCAGCUGGACCGUAAGAGGGAUUAUGUCUGAGCAGCAGAUAAACAGAUUAUUCCAGAAACAGACUCUGCUUUUUUUUAAAACUUCGUCACUCUUGUCUUACCACUCCAGUACCCCAGGCUAGAAGUGUGUGUAUUUGAGGUUUUUUUCCAGCUCUUGCAUUCUGGCACCUGUUGCACUCUUUGCCUAGUUGCAAUUCAAUGCAGUUCAAAGCUGGAGAUACCUGAAAAACAGUAAGAGAGAAGACGUUUGGGGAUUUCAGUUAAGAAAACAAAAUCCUUCUACUUGACCUAAAUAUUCUUAUUUCCUGCAUGAUUGAUCUUGAAAACUGUGAAUGAUCAAUAGACAGCAUGCAUUUGAAAACUGGAUUAAUAUUUUUGAUCAUUUGCCUUGCUCUCCAAGUUCAGGGAAGCAGAGAAAUCCCUAAUAAAAUAAACCGUGGUGAAGCCAAACAUCUUGCAGAUGCCUCAGGGACAGACAAAACAGAAAGGACAACAAAGAGGUCCAGGAUAUCAACUAUAAGGCGGAUAUUUGACAUGGCAAAGCACCGAACAAAGAGGUCAUCCUUUUUCUCAACUGGUGUGAAAGUUUGUCCACAAGAAUCAGUGAAGCAAAUUUUAGCCAGUCACCAAGCUUACUAUAGAUUAAGAGUCUGCCAGGAAGCUGUGUGGGAAGCCUUUCGUAUUUUUCUGGAUCGGAUUCCUGAUACUUCUGAAUAUCAGAACUGGGUAACUGCCUGCCAGAGGGAAACCUUCUGCAUAUUCGACAUUGGCAAAAAUUUCAGCAAUUCUCAAGAGCACCUGGAAAUAAUCCAACGGCGAGUAAAACAUAGAACCUUCCAGGAAAGGAAAGAUGAAAUAUCGACAGAGAAAACAGGUGGAAAAAAGCUGGAAGAUGUUCCUUCCGUUUCUGCAGGUUCCCCUGGCACAUCCCUCUCUCCAUAUGCACCAGUACCUAAUGGCACGCUGCUCAACGAAAUUGUUAACGACACGAAGACUCCUGUAAAGGAGCUGGGAACAAACACAGUCCCAGAAUUGCCUGUGGAGCAAAUGGUAGAAUUCAGUGUCACUCUCACUGAUCAGGAGUACACACCUGAACUUAGUGAUCCCAACUCCCCACAGUACCAACAACUAGCUGCCAAAUUUCAGCUACAGAUGCAAAAAAUAUUUGAGAAACUUCCAGGAUUCAAAGAAAUCCACGUAUUAGGAUUUAAACAGAAGAAGGAGAAAGAUGGAUCAAGCAGCACUAUAGCACGAUAUGUGGUAAACUUUGAGAGAGAUGGCUCAGAAACCAAAAGCACACCAGAUGACAUUUCAACUAUUGGAUCUAAUAAGGUUGAAAAUGAGAAAAUUCCACUUUCUCCAAAGGAAGAGAGGGAAAUAUCAGGAACUAAACUCACAGUAACAGACCUUCAGCAACUUGUUGCCAUAGCACUCCAUGAAGACCAGUCUCUGCCAAUGGACCUCGGAACACUUCAGUUUACUGAUGAAUCUAUUAUACCACCUAGUGAUUUUGAUAAUGAUAUCCAGGCCAUGGUAACUAUUCCUCUGGAAGGCCCUGAUUUGGACUCCGUGAGUGUGGAACUCCCACUAGGUUACCCCAGCGCAGCAACAGUGGACCAAACCAGAGACAUUUUGAUCAAUGAAUUUACAACUGGAAUUCCUGUGCUAAGUGGAGAGGUCAGUGCCCCUGAAGAGUUUAAUAAUUUUGUUUCAUCUGAACCUGUGUUCCCUACCAAACCCUCCAGAGAACAAUUUCAGGUCAAAUCUCCUCCAGACGCAGAAGAUAUCGCAACUGACCACCAAAGUUUCACAGUGCCUUUCAGUGCUCUGGGUAGCACUAGCAGUCCUCCAGAAUCAGAGGAUUCCUAUUUGCCUCCUCCAGCAGAUGAUUCUGCUAGCAAUGACUUAAUCACCGAUGGCUAUGAGUCUCCAGUGGAGCAGGCUACCACAUCAGCAGCUGAUACCACAGGUAGCUUUACUCCACCUAAUCUCCUGCAAGCCAGAGAUGAGAACAGUGAAGCUGAAGAGAAGAAAGAACUGCCUGAUAUAACAGAAACACCUUUCAAGGAAGCUGACCAAGAUAGUCUGUCUGGACAAGCAAUUAAGAUCAUGGAUGAACCAGAAUCAUCAGGCGAUGACAUUUUGGUUACAGAAAGCACUUACGAAACGUUGCCUUUCUUUAUUGGUUCGAGCAAUCUCUCUACCACACCGCCUGAAGAUGUUAUUACAGAUAUGCUACCGUCAGCACCAAUGCCUGCAGCAACCAGCCCAUCCUACAGCCACACUGAGAUCAUCAAGCAGUCCCUUGAGGUACUGGAUUCCUCAGUGCCUGCAUCUGAGAGCGUUCCUCCCGAUGGCGCUGAGACAGGAGUGCAGGACAUUGCUGCCGAGUUAGACCACGUUGUGAUGAGCACAGCAGCGCUAGAUGAAGUGGAGCACGGCAGCGGUUAUAUCUCUGAGCCUGCAGAAGCCACCCCAGCUCCUACGCCGAAGUAUGUAACUACCAGCUCCAUGACAACCGCGGCCAAAGGCAAAGAGCUAGUGGUUUUCUUCAGCCUGAGGGUAACCAACAUGCACUUUUCAGAUGACCUCUUCAACAGGAGCUCGCUGGAAUACAAAGCACUAGAACAACAGUUCAUGCAAUUGCUACUUCCAUACCUCCAGUCCAACCUUACAGGUUUUAAGCACCUGGAAAUACUUAACUUCAGGAACGGAAGUGUGAUUGUGAAUAGCAAAAUGAAAUUUGCCAGGACAGUGCCAUACAAUAUCACAGAAGCAGUACACUGCGUUUUGGAAGAUUUUUGUGAUGCUGCAGCUCAACGCCUCAAUUUAGAGAUUGACAGCUAUUCCCUGGAUAUUGAGCCAGCCGAUCAGGCAGACCAAUGCAAAUUCAUGGCAUGUGAUGAGUUUUCCGAGUGCAUAAUGAACGAGUGGACAAAAGAGGCUGACUGCCUUUGUAAACCUGGUUAUGCAAGCCGAGACGGAUCACCCUGUCGGAGCCUGUGUGAGUCUGAACCACAUCUUUGCGUCAAUGGUGGGAAAUGCGAGUUAGUUCCAGGAAGAGGAGCUGUCUGCAGAUGCCCGGUACGUAGACACGAGCUUUACCAAGGACAGCGCUGUGCAAAAUUUGCUCCAGAACCCAUACAACCCUUCAUUUUUAAACCUCUCCUACUUGGCUUACUAAGCCUUGUUUUUCUUUUCAUCAUUUUAAUUUUUAAGUUAAGAAGAAAAAGCAAAAGAAACUCUAAUCUGCAAAGUGCUACUCUCAACAGCUGCAAUUCAGAAAAUGCUGUAAGGAUUAACCCUGUUUUUGAACAUGAUGAACCGAUAACUAGCUUUUGUCAAACGGCUUGCAGUGUAAGUGCUUGUGUCAGUUCCACAGAGAUCAUUGAUCACGAAGCAUUACACGAACUUGAAAACACAAUUCAGCAUGGAGGUCACCAGACCAGUUCACAAAGCCAAGACUGACAAGUUAGUCUCCGAAAUUAAUUUCCAGCAUCAGCCAGACAAAACCAAGGUACUCAAAAAAGGAGGUCUUCAUUAUCCAAGACUGGACUUCAGGUUGAUGAUGCAUAUGGAAAAUAUUCAAGGAUUUCUAAGGAUAUAACAUUUCAGCUUUAAAAACAGUACACAUUAAAAAAAAAAUGUUUUAUUAAAUAAGAACAAGCUGACCAUAUCUAAAGUUUGCCUAGUAAGAAGUCACCAGUGUUAAGAUGCUUGCAUUAAGCAUCCAGUGCUUACACACCUGAACUGUAUUUUUAUUUAAGGGCUGAGUGCUAGAAAUAGAUUUUGCUGACAAGUGACUUUUUUCCAAUAUUGUAUGUCGCAACCAUUCCGAUAAAAAUGUCAGGGAAACUUUAUCACAUUCCUCUACCUUUUUAUGAACCUUCCUUACACACACUCCUGUGACUGGCAGACACGGAAAUAAGACCUGUCAUUGACCAAAGGCCACAUUAAAAGCAUUUGGGAACGUUUUCAUUCUCUCCCUGCAAUGCUCACAUUGCAAACCACACAGAAGCUGGGAUUAUUUUUUUUUAACCGUUUCUAUGAACAUCAGAUUCCUAUUUUUCUGCUAGCAAACACAUUAUGUACACAUAUGUACACAUACACUUCACUGCUUAACUUCUGGUUAAACUGCCAGGUUAUCCCAAAACUUCAAACCUUUUGCUGAGGCACAAUACCUGCAGUUUCAUCUUUUUAGAACAUGAGAUUUAGGUUCACGAGCACCCCCCGAGGCAAGCAGGUUACAGUCUUGCCCGUAAAUGCGUACACUUUAAACUCAACAUACACACAAACAAUUUUUAGAGGUUAUUAUUAGUGUUUGUAGAAGAAAUCUAAGCAGACAAUGGGUGGCCAUUAAGUAUUUAAUAGGCUUAAGAGUUCAUGCUCUAUGGAUCCACAAUCCUGAUUCAGGUAUGAGCAUUACUUUACCUUGAACAUCUUUUUCUUGAGUAUAUCUCCAUCUAUAUGCUGCACCUGUGUAUCAUAUCCAGGCACUGUUUGUUGCUCGGUGCAUAUCGCAAGUUGUACUUACAGCUCAAACUGAGCUUCUGCAACAUUCACGACUACGCUGGACGACAGCUCCUCAUUCAGAUGUGAAACUCUCAUGUAUUCAGGACAGUAGCUGGUUUUAGUGACAAUUCUUUUUACUUUGUACCACACAGUUACCACAGCGAAGACCGAACUUUAGUUUACCUUAUUACGUACACUCAAAAGAACUGUUUAUGAAUUCCAAACAAUUAACUGCACAGAUUUGCCUGCAGAACCACCAAAACUGGAGAUUGUGUACAAAUGAAGGCAAUGCACCAAGAAUACAAGGUUGAGUUUUUACAGCUGAAAAAGUAUUUUUACUUACUUUAUUUAACUAGGAAAAAAAAAAUAUAAAAAAGAAACCUAAGAUGUGGUUUUAUAACACUUCAGAAUAAAACUCUACUUUAAAAGUACUUCUUGCAGGGCACCAGAAGUCACCCCUGCCAACAAAUGUUAGCUUUUCACUAUUGCUCAUGUAAGUUAAGAAUGCAUUAAGAAUGCUGACAGCAUUCAUUUUUUCCAUUACAAAUGUAUUUUUGUAUGUGUUUAGUACAUUUCAAUUCAUGCUAGUUAUCAAUAAUCAGAUUAAAAAGUAAGUGAUUUUAAAAUGUGUAUUUUAAUAAUGAUUAUUCAUUAUUGUAUUUAUCACUCUCAACUAUUAAUUACCAAAUAUAUUUGCUGGACGUAAGCCUUUUGUAUUUCAAUAAAAUAUAAUAAAAAUAUUUACUUGAAAAUUUCACAGAGAAU